AUGUUGCUCUGGGAUAUCUCUAUCCAAGGCAACACUCCGGUACGUGCUCCGCCCGUGCAGCGGCGCUUGCUGCUCUUCGACCUCGUCUCGUGUGCCGCCUCGUGGGCGGCGUGGCGUGGCGGGCGGCUGUCUCUGCCGCCGCCUCGAGUGAGCCUCGUCUCGCUCUUCGUCUACUCGAGCCUCGUCUCGUGUGCCGCCUCGUGGGCGGCGUGGCGGGCGGCUGUCUCUGCCGCCGCCUCGAUGAGCCUCGUCUCGCUCUUCGUCUCCUCGAGCCUCGUCUCGUGUGCCGCCUCUUGGGCGGCGUGGCGUGGCGGGCGGCUGUCGCUGCUGCCGCCUCGAGUGAGCCUCGUCUCGCUCUUCGUCUACUCGAGCCUCGUCUCGUGUGCCGCCUCGUGGGCGGCGUGGCGUGGCGGGCGGCUGUCGCUGCUGCCGCCUCGAGUGAGCCUCGUCUCGCUCUUCGUCUACUCGAGCCUCGCCUCGUGUGCCGCCUCUUGGGCGGCGUGGCGUGGCGGGCGGCUGUCGCUGCCGCCGCCUCGUGUGAGCCUCGUCUCGCUCUUCGUCUACUCGAGCCUCGUCUCGUGUGCCGCUUCGUGGGCGGCGUGGCGUGGCGGGCGGCUGUCUCUGCCGCCGCCUCGAGUAAGCCUCGUCUCGCUCUUCGUCUACUCGAGCCUCGUCUCGUGUGCCGCCUCGUGGGCGGCGUGGCUGGCGGCUGUCUCUGCCGCCGCCUCGUUGAGCCUCGUCUCGCUCUUCGUCUACUCGAGCCUCGUCUCGUGUGCCACCUCGUGGGCGGCGUGGCGGGCGGCUGUCUCUGCCGCCGCCUCGAUGAGCCUCGUCUCGCUCUUCGUCUCCUCGAGCCUCGCCUCGUGUGCCGCCUCUUGGGCGGCGUGGCGUGGUGGGCGGCUGUCUCUGCUGCCGCCUCGAGUGAGCCUCGUCUGGCUCUUCGUCUACUCGAGCCUCGCCUCGUGUGCCGCCUCGUGGGCGGCUUGGCGUGGCGGGCGGCUGUCUCUGCCGCCGCCUCGAGUGAGCCUCGUCUGGCUCUUCGUCUACUCGAGCCUCGCCUCGUAUGCCGCUUGUGGGCAGCGUGGCGUGGCGGGCGGCUGUCUCUGCCGCCGCCUCGUGUGA